GCUCAGUUGGUUAAGCGACUGCCUUCGGCUCAGGUCAUGAUCCUGGAGUCCCAGGAUCGAGUCCCGCAUCGGGCUCCCCGCUCAGCGGGAAGUCUGCUUCUCCCUCUGACCCUCCUCCCUCUCAUGCUCUCUCUCUAUCUCAUUCUCUCUCUCAAAUAAAUAAAAUCUUUAAAAAAAAAAAAAGUUAAAAAAAAAAAAAAAUGAACGACUCUAGUGAAAGAGACACCCCGCGACGCAGGCCCGGAGUCGCCGGAGUGCGAGCGCGAGCCCGCGGCCCGCGGCCCGCGGCCCGCGAGGCAUUCUGGGGGUUGUAGUUCCGGGCGCGUCUGCGGUGGCGCGGGCCUGCGUCGGCCGCGCUCUCUAUGGUCGGGGAGGACAGAGUGGCCCAGCUGUUGCCAUGGCUUCUUGGUCCCGCCGCGGGAGGGAGGCCGCCCCGCCAGGCGCCCGCUAGCUUCGGCGGCGGGGUGGACCGGGAAGCGGAAGGAAUCCGGUGCGGUGGGUCCCAGAGCCUGGGGCGGAGCGCGGGGGCGCCCGGAACCCCGGAGAGCCGCGGGGAGCGGGGGAAGCGCUUCCUUCCCGAUUUGCGAGUAGAGCCCGUCUCCCCACGCCCACCCCCACUGCUCCCCAGCAGUCUUCAGUGUGGAAGAAUGGCAGUGAGCCACUCGGUGAAGGAGCGGACCAUCUCUGAGAACAGCCUGAUUAUCCUGCUGCAGGGCCUCCAGGGCCAGGUAACCACCGUGGACCUGCGGGAUGAGAGCGUGGCCCGCGGACGCAUAGACAAUGUGGAUGCUUUCAUGAACAUCCGCCUGGCCAACGUCACCUACACAGACCGCUGGGGGCAUCAGGUCGAGCUGGAUGACCUCUUCGUGACGGGCCGUAAUGUCCGCUAUGUCCACAUCCCGGAUGAUGUGAACAUCACAGCGACCAUUGAGCAGCAGCUGCAGGUCAUCCACCGGGUGCGCAACUUCGGCAGCAAGGGCCAAGGCCGGCGGGAAUUUCCCUCCAAAAAGUAUAAAUGAGCCUUUCCCUCGGCCAGCUCCAGUCCCCACUCAGGUUCCUCCAGAGUUCUACUGAGCCAACCGCCUGCUCCCCUCCCUGCCCAGAGCCCGGAAAGAGAGCGGGGCCGGCCCAGUCACAGCUGCCUUUCACAGGGUCCCGUCUCCUAGACUCACUCUGGGAUCCUACUUACCUGUCUGUGGCCUUGAUCACUUACAUCGGAAUCUGAUUUACUGAUUUAGGGAAUCUGCCAAAUCGUUUUCAGCCCUCUCCCAGCGAGGGUUCUCGUGUGUACUCAGCCUGAGCCACCCCUGAGCGUUCCGGUUUCUCACAGUUGUGUUUGCUUUCUCAGAAAACUUGGAUACAAAUAAGUCCGUGCCUCAUGCUUUCCCUGAUGUGUGCUGGGCUCCGUGUGGGUCCUACGUCAUAGGGCAGUGGUGCUUAAACUUGGCAGCACAUUGCCAUCACCUGUUCCACCAUCAGCUAUUCAGAUUUCAUUGGUAUUGGGUGUAGCCUGGACCCUGGGAUUCUUUUUAAGUUUCUCAGGUGAGGGUCGCCUGGGUGGCUCAGUUGGUUAAGUGUCUGCCUUCGGCUUCGGUCAUGAUCCCACGGUCCUGAGAUCGAGCCUCGAGUCGGGCUCCCUGCUCAGCGGGGAGCCUGCUUCUCCAUCUCCCUCUGCUGCUCCUCCAUCUCCCUCUGCUGCUCCCCCUGCUCCUUCUCUCUCUCUCAAAUAAAUAAAUAAAAUCUUUAAAAAAAAAAAA